CUUCCCCCAUCCGCCCCUCACCACCUCCCCCCUGCUCGCACACCCCGCUUCCCCUCUCCCGUGGGACCCUCGGUGGAGUGAAGUGUACAGGAGAACUUCAGUGUCUCAGCUGCAUGACUUCAGAUUGGAACACAACCUGGUACACUAACAAUCCAGACUUCACCAAGUGCUUUCAGAACACAGUGCUGGUAUGGGUGCCUUGUUUUUACCUCUGGGCUUGCUUCCCACUCUAUUUCCUCUAUCUCUGUCGGCACGACAGGGGCUAUAUCCAAAUGACACAUCUCAACAAAGCCAAAACUGCCUUCGGCUUUUUGCUGUGGAUAGUCUGCUGGGCAGACCUAUUCUACUCUUUCUGGGAAAGAAGUCAGAGCAUUUACCGGGCUCCAGUGUUUCUAGUCAGCCCUACACUCUUGGGCAUAACAAUGUUGCUUGCUACCUUUUUAAUUCAGUGCGAGAGAAGGAAAGGAGUCCAGUCCUCAGGGGUCAUGCUCACUUUUUGGCUCCUUACCCUGCUGUGUGCUGUCAUAGUCUUUCGAUCCAAAAUCCUGCAUGCCUUAAGAGAGGGUUAUGAAAUUGAUAUAUUUCGUGAUGCCACUUUCUACAUUUACUUCAUCCUGGUACUUAUUCAGCUAAUACUGUCCUGCUUUUCAGACCAGUCACCCCUCUUCUCAGAAACCAUCAAUGACCCUAAUCCCUGUCCAGAGUCUGGCGCUUCCUUCCUUUCCAGAAUCACCUUCUGGUGGAUUACUGGGUUGAUGGUCCAGGGAUAUAAAUGUCCUCUGGAGUUGACAGAUUUGUGGUCGCUGAACCCAGAAGACACCUCUGAACAAGUGGUGCCUGUUCUGGUGAAAAACUGGAAGAAAGAGUGUGCCCAGUCAGUAAAGCAGCCUGUAAAGAUCGUGUAUUCCUCCAAGGAUCCAGCAAAUUCAAAAAGAGGCUCCAAAGGAGACUUGAAUGAGGAGGUUGAAGCCCUAAUUGUGAAGCCCACUCAGAGGGAGAAGGAGCCCUCUUUGUUUAAGGUGUUAUAUAAAACCUUUGGGCCUUACUUCCUCAUGAGCUUCCUUUUUAAAGCACUCCAUGACCUGAUGAUGUUUGCAGGCCCUGAGAUCUUAAAAUUGCUCAUCAAUUUUGUGAAUGACAAGCAGGCCCCCGAUUGGCAGGGAUACCUGUAUACAGCACUUCUCUUUGUGAGCGCCUGCCUACAAACCCUGGUUUUGCACCAGUACUUCCAUAUCUGCUUUGUGAGUGGAAUGAGAAUCAAAACUGCUGUCAUUGGGGCCAUCUAUCGCAAGGCCCUGGUGAUUACAAAUUCCGCCCGAAAGUCUUCCACAGUUGGGGAAAUAGUGAACCUCAUGUCUGUAGAUGCCCAGAGAUUCAUGGACUUGGCCACUUAUAUUAACAUGAUCUGGUCAGCCCCCCUGCAGGUUAUCCUGGCUCUCUACCUGCUAUGGCUGAAUUUAGGCCCUUCUGUGUUAGCUGGAGUGGCUGUCAUGAUCCUUAUGGUUCCCAUCAAUGCUGUAAUGGCCAUGAAGACCAAAACCUAUCAGGUGGCCCACAUGAAGAGCAAAGACAAUCGGAUUAAAUUGAUGAAUGAAAUUCUCAAUGGGAUCAAAGUCCUGAAGCUGUAUGCCUGGGAGUUGGCCUUCAAGGAGAAAGUAUUGGAGAUCAGACAGGAGGAGCUAAAGGUGCUUAAGAAAUCUGCUUACUUGGCAGCUGUGGGGACCUUCACCUGGGUCUGCACACCCUUCCUGGUGGCACUGUCUACUUUUGCAGUCUAUGUGACAGUAGAUAAGAACAACAUCCUGGAUGCCCAGAAAGCUUUUGUUUCCCUGGCCUUAUUCAACAUCCUCCGGUUUCCCCUGAAUAUUCUUCCAAUGGUCAUUAGCAGCAUUGUACAGGCAAGUGUUUCCCUGAAACGCCUCAGGAUAUUCCUUUCCCACGAAGAACUGGAGCCAGACAGCAUAGUGAGAAAGCCUAUCAAAGAUGGUGGAGGUGCCAGUGUCAUUGUGAAAAAUGCCACAUUUACCUGGUCGAGAAAUGAUCCUCCAACUCUGAAUGGCAUCACUUUCACUGUGCCAGAAGGUUCCUUGGUCGCCGUGUUGGGCCAAGUAGGCUGUGGAAAAUCAUCCCUGCUGUCUGCACUCUUGGCCGAGAUGGACAAGAUAGAGGGGCACGUGUCUAUCAAGGGUUCUGUGGCUUAUGUCCCCCAGCAGGCAUGGAUCCAGAAUGCUUCUCUUAAGGAGAACGUUCUCUUUGGCCGACAGCCCCAAGAACGGUUCUACAGGGAGGUAAUUGAAGCCUGUGCAUUACUCCCAGACCUGGAUAUCUUGCCCAGUGGAGACCGGACGGAGAUUGGAGAGAAGGGUGUAAAUCUGUCUGGUGGUCAGAAGCAGCGAGUGAGCCUGGCGAGGGCAGUUUACUGUGAUUCAGAUGUGUACCUCUUUGAUGAUCCCCUCUCUGCAGUGGAUGCCCAUGUGGGAAAACACAUAUUUGAAAAAGUGAUUGGCCCUCAGGGGAUGCUAAAAAACAAGACCCGCAUAUUGGUAACUCACAGCAUCAGCUACCUGCCCCAGGUGGAUGUGAUCAUUGUGAUGAGCGAUGGUAAGAUCUCUGAAAUGGGCUCGCACCAGGAGUUGCUGGACCGAGACGGGGCAUUUGCAGAGUUCCUCCGAACUUACGCGAACACCGAACAGAACAUGGAAGGUGGAGAUACCAAUGGUCCAGCCGUGAAGGAAAUAAAGCAAAUGGAGAAUGGAGUCCUGAUAACUGAAACCUCAGAAAAACAGCUAAAGAGACAGGUCAGUAACUCCUCCUCCUAUAGCACAGAGCCUAUGAAGCAUGGCAGCACAGCCGACAUGCGGAAAUCUGAAGCAGAGAAGGAUGCCUGGAAGCUGAUGGAGGCUGAUAAAGCCAAGACCGGGCAGGUAAAGCUGUCAGUGUACUGGGAUUAUAUGAAAGCUAUUGGACUUUUUAUCUCUUUUCUGAGCAUCUUCCUUUUUGUCAGUAACCAUGUAGCCGCCUUGGCUUCCAACUACUGGCUUAGCUUAUGGACCGAUGAUCCCGUGGUCAAUGGGACACAGCAGCACACGGAUGUCCGGCUAGGUGUGUAUGGAGCGCUGGGCAUUUCUCAAGGUAUUGCAGUAUUUGGCUACUCGAUGACAGUAUCCAUUGGGGGCAUCUUAGCUUCCCGCCGCCUGCAUCUGGACCUGCUCCACAAUGUCCUCCGGUCCCCCAUGAGCUUCUUUGAACGAACACCCAGUGGGAACCUCGUGAAUAGAUUCUCCAAGGAGAUGGAUACAGUGGACUCAAUGAUUCCCCAGAUCAUCAAGAUGUUCAUGGGAUCCCUGUUCAAUGUCAUUGGUGCCUGUAUAAUCAUAUUGCUGACCACGCCCAUUGCUGCUAUCAUCAUCCCCCCCCUUGGCCUCAUCUAUUUCUUCGUACAGAGGUUUUAUGUGGCCUCCUCACGCCAGUUGAAGCGCCUGGAGUCGGUCAGCCGAUCUCCAGUGUAUUCACACUUUAAUGAAACUCUCCUGGGUGUCAGCGUCAUCCGUGCCUUUGAAGAACAGCAACGUUUCAUCCAGCAGAGUGACCUGAAGGUGGAUGAGAAUCAGAAAGCUUAUUACCCCAGCAUCGUGGCCAAUAGGUGGCUGGCCGUUCGACUGGAAUGUGUGGGAAACUGCAUCGUUCUCUUUGCAGCCUUGUUUUCUGUUAUAUCCCGGCACAGCCUCAGCCCUGGCUUGGUGGGCCUCUCAGUCUCUUACUCCCUGCAGGUCACCACAUACUUGAACUGGCUGGUAAGAAUGUCCUCGGAGAUGGAAACAAACAUCGUUGCUGUGGAGAGACUCAAAGAAUAUUCAGAAACAGAGAAGGAGGCUCCGUGGGAUAUCGAAGAAACGGCCCCUCCCAGCAACUGGCCACAGCAGGGCCGAGUGGAAUUCCGAAACUUCAGUUUACGUUAUCGGGAGGACUUAGACUUAGUUCUGAAACACAUCAAUAUUACCAUUGAAGGAGGGGAGAAGGUUGGGAUUGUAGGUCGGACGGGAGCAGGCAAGUCAUCGCUCACCCUGGGCUUAUUUCGUAUCAAUGAGUCUGCAGAAGGAGAGAUCGUCAUUGAUGGUGUCAAUAUUGCCAAGAUUGGGCUGCAUCACCUCAGGUUCAAGAUCACCAUUAUCCCUCAGGAUCCAGUCUUGUUUUCCGGCGCCCUGCGCAUGAACCUGGAUCCAUUUAACCAGUACUCAGAUGAAGAAAUCUGGACAUCUUUGGAACUGGCUCACUUGAAGAACUUUGUGUCAACUCUUCCUGAUAAGUUGAAUCAUGAGUGUACAGAAGGAGGAGAGAAUCUGAGUGUUGGGCAGCGCCAGCUUGUGUGCUUGGCACGGGCUUUGCUGAGGAAAACCAAGAUCUUGGUAUUGGAUGAGGCUACUGCUGCAGUGGAUCUGGAAACAGACAACCUCAUUCAGUCUACAAUCCGCACACAGUUUGAUGAUUGUACCGUCCUCACCAUAGCUCACCGGCUCAACACGAUCCUGGACUACACAAGAGUGAUUGUCCUGGAUAAAGGAGAAAUCGUGGAGUGUGGUUCCCCUUCCGUCCUCCUGCAGAAGAAAGGCAUUUUCUACAACAUGGCUAAAGACGCAGGCUUGGUGUGAGGGCUGUGGUUUUCUCCUCCAGGCAGAACUGAACUAAGCUGAUGUUCUUUGGACACAGAGGAGAUCUAGUGAGCCUUCUGGAAUUCAUUCUCUUCUGCUCCUCAAACCAAAAACAGCAGCAGCCGCCUCAUUCUGUCUCUACCCUUCACCUGCUCGGAUUCUAGGGUGAACGAGGGACAGAUGCUACAUCUACCUUCUUGCCUCCCCUCUUCAGACUCACACACAUUCUCAUAUCCAUAAAUGCUUUACCCCUGGCCCCCAGCCUCCAGUGUUCCCCCAUACAUCCCUAUGCAUAUAUAUGCUCCAUGGAGUACAACUUCCCACAUUUUUGCCCCUUUUCAGAGGACUUCUUCUGAACGUUGAUCUUCAGAAGUUGGUUGCACAUAGUUAGCUAGCUAGUGACCAAAUCCAAUAGACUGCCUCAGAUAUUUUCAAGAUCUGAAGUCCUAAGUUUCCGACUUUUCCAAGAAGCUUUCUUGCUUCCAGAUCCUCACUUAGGUUGUUGAUUUAAUUUCCCCUUUGCUGCGUUUCCACCACGCUACAUUUUUCUGGUUUGCGGUUUUUUUGGUGAGGAUUUUAAUUACUGUACUUGAUUAUACUAUUCUUACCACGUUGCUGUGCCCUAUAGAAUGGCUGACAGUUCCCGGGGAAGUGAGAAGGUUUCUUUCUUAACCACCUCUGUCCCUAGGAUUCACUUCACUUGUCUUUACUCUCAUGCAUUUAUACUUCAGAAAUUGCACUCGUGGGACACCUUCUGAAGUGCACUGGCAUUGAGAGGACUUCUUCCAGAAGCUAGAGGCAACCAAAUUGACCCAGUCACCUCACUGUGCAUCCAGGAAACUUGGUAGAAGUUGUUGAUUUUUCAGGGCUAAAAGGGGAAGGGUGCAAAACUAUCCAGAGCUCUGAGGUUUUUUAUUGCUGACUUUCUGCCUUGGGGAACUCAUUGAAUUCCCUGUCCUUUUUUUCUUUUCCCUACCUCCUUUAUUCCAUCUCCAAAAUGGUUAAAAUACUCUAGGUAUCUACAUCACUGAAAUGUGCAAGGACAAGUUUAUGGUUAUGAAAUGCUCAGAGAGAAGAGGACUGUGGUUGUCCCAAAUAUUCUUAGUUCUUAAGAAUAAGAACCCAGUAGAUUCUUACAAGCAUUGUUUUAAAUUCUGAAUUCCUGACCCCAGAGCCCUAGGAUCCUAUUGAUGGAGGUGGGAGUGGAAAUCCUGACUCUCAGUCUCGGAUUCUUAUCCAGACCCACCCACAACUUCUUCAGGGAGAGCAACCACCUCAGACUUGUGCCCUGUUGCUAAGAAAUAUUUGACAGUGCUUAAGUCCCAGCAGGCAGCUGAGCUGAUUGUGCAUUUGACCUGCCUGUGCGUUCCUGGGAAGAAAUGGAGAAAACGUGAUUCCUCAGUGUAUGUUGUCUCAGCAGGUGAUUACAAUGGUAUCCAAAAGCAAAGAGAGCUUCCUUCCACUUACUCAGAGAUGCAGACUUUGAAUUAUGUUGCUGACCCCAAAACCAGAGAAAUGUCUUCUCUAAGAUGGGAAAAAAAUAUUUAUUUUUUGUAAAUUAUAUAAUUCCUUAAAGUUGGAUAAAACCAAGUUUUUCUUGGGUAUCUUUUUGUAAUGAAUACACUGGAAACGUGAACAUUUGCAAAUAAUUUGCAGUAAAAAAAAAUUCAAUUUUUUGUUUUGAAA